CCCCGCUCUUCUGCAUCGAAAGGACGAGGACUCGAUGAGGAAACACGGUUCGCAUGGUUACACAAACCUCCAAUCCUCUGGAACAGUCCGAUCUUCCAAGAUAUUGCUGUUACCACACCUCUCCUCUGGCGAUUUUCUGUGCCACCGAUGGCACUGCCGAACAAUUGCUCGCUGAGGACUUCGCUCCACCCAGUCUCAAGUCGCACAGAAUCCUUCCAACUUCCCCUCUGCCUGGUGUAGGCGCGCUCCAAGGGGAAACUGCCUCGGACCGUUCUCCGAAAGCCGCUCAGCCACGCCAUCCCGUACUCCAAGUUGAGGGGAGACCUGCCGCAGAGCUCAGUAAUCGGCCUGCAAGCAAAUACCACUCGCACUCCAUUAUCAGUGUUUCUGAUGUCCAUCUGGCAACCUUGCUCGAGGGAUCGGCUCUGAGCAAACAUGAGGGCGAGGCACCAGCAUGCAAGCCUAUCAGAGUAUCAGUCCCUAGUUGGGUUUCCCCGGCCGAGACAACCACUCCGGGCGGGAGCCCUUCCGGGUGCACGGGUCUUUAGUGCAAUAUCUGGACCGUCGCAUCCGCCGACCACCUCAUUCCUAGCGUGGCCGUGUCCAGCCACGCACACUUGGCGUUGCUGCUGCCGUCUUUCACUCUUGACCGCCUUCAAGGCGGUAGUUCGAGGAGAAGCUCGUUGCCAUUGACUGUCACAACUGUGGCGCUGAAGUGUGCCCUAUAGUCUCCCGGAGAGAGCUGC